AGAUAUGUUUGAUCUGAAGAAAGUUAAUCCACUACCCAACAUGUUGAAGUAUGUGCAGGAUGGCAAAUAUACUCUGUUCUACUUCUAUAACCAAAGUGUCAAAGCUCUCAUUCGAUUCAACUCAGAUGUUGCUAGAAAGAGCAAAGCUCAAUGUGGCGGUAUGUUAAUGAUGAGAUGUGCUGAGGGUGGCAAAACGGAUGUUAAGAGUACAAUGCCAGUGAUUCAGUUCAUGAACAAACGUCUCAUCAGUGUGACGAGGGUCGACCUCGUACAUAUGCUUGAAAACAAGGAAGUUGUCAUCAAAGACUUGUCUGACAAACUUCAGAAGGAGUUAGAACCUAUUCCAGCGAAUGGCCCAGUGUAUUUCAUCUAUGAACCUAAGGGAAAGAAUGCCGAUCCAAAGUGCGCAAUAGUAAUCUGGCGUGACAAGUUCCCUCUAUUCUUGAAGGAUGAGUUUUACACCAGAUCCGAACGUCAACAUUGUCUCCGUCUGUGUGGAGUUGAUCCUGACAUUGUUGAAGCUGAGGAGGAGGAAGAGGCCAUGGAAUAAAUUUGUUGUCCUCGAGGCUAUUACCUUCAUACUGUACGAAGUAUAUGGCAAGGUGUAUUCGUCACGUCACAGAUCAAAUCAACAUUCUGCUAAAAACUUAAGAUUCAUGAGACAAGAUUCAAUUUACUUACAUUCUGACUUACUUGUAAAAUUUUGUUACUUGGUGUUUUCAAGUGUGUUUUUUAUUUUCUUUUUAAUAUUAGUGAAGAUAAAAUAGAUCAUUAAAAUGAUCAAAUAAGUGAUAAGAUACCAUUCUCGUUAAAGGUGACUUGAGAAAUCAAAUUUCUUGAACUUUGAAUUUUUCACCUUUGUUGAACAAAUACUUGUUUGUAAAAAUGAAAAUUUUAAUACUGAUUUUUGUGUUUCAAUAUUGUUAACAUUCAUUUUAUCAUGAGGAAAUUUAACGCUAUAGAACAUAAAUUCUUAAAUUUUAUUGUGUUAUUUUCUCUUUGAAUUUCAAGAAUCAUUGUAUCAUUACAUUUUUUAUAUCAUCAUCAUUUCUCUGUAAUUUCAUGUAGUUUUGUACACUCUGGUCUGUAAACAAUAAAGUCAGUGUCCAUCAGAA